AUGUCGGACCCGUUUUUCCAGAAGAAGCGCCAGCGCACCCAAAAGGGGGCGGCGCGCCCUCGCAGGGAGACGGCGCGUGAUUCGGACUCGGAAGAUGGCGGUGGCAUCGAUGCCGUCGAGGAUAUGGACCUGCGCCACUCCUUUGACGAGCCGGCCGCCGACGAGUACCGCGAGACGCCCGCGGAAGCCAAGGUCCGCCUCGCGCGCCUGUAUCUCGAGGGCCUGCGUGAGAAGGAUGAAGAUGUGAUCGAGGGAAUUGACGCGGCAGCCGUCGAUCGCGACAAUAUCGCCGCUCGGCUCCGCAAGGACGUGGAAGAGGGCAGCGGGCGUCUGCAUGUGCGCGUAGCCGCACGUUUGCAGGCUCCGCGCCCUGACGACAUCCUCGCAGUGCAGGGGCACCGUGCCCCUGUGACAUGCGCGCGUACCGGCGCCGCUUCGCCCUACCUUUUUACCGCCGACAAGGACGGGCGCAUCGUCCAGUGGCACCUGCGCGACGGCUCCCAGGCCUGCGUCCUGCCGCGUGCCUCGGCCACUGCACCGAUACCCAGCUCUCACACGAGCGGUGCCGCGCGCCGGCGUGCGCGCGCACGCCGCGCGGAGCAGGGAGGCACCUUUGCUGGGCAUGCUGCGCUCUCGCCUGGCGAGGGGCAUGCGAAGGGUGUUUAUGCGCUGGCCGUCAGUGACGAUGGCCAGCUGUGUGCGUCGGGCGGGCAGGAGCACUACAUCGGCAUAUGGCGCACGGCGCCAGCGGCGCCGACCCAGUGGGUUCGAGCGCUGCGCGGCCACAAGGAUGCGGUGCGUGCCCUCGCAUUCCGCCACGGCACACACGAGCUGCUCAGUGCGUCGUACGACCGCACCGUCAAGCUGUUUGAUGCAUCGCAGCUCAGCUACAUUGAGACCCUGUUUGGUCACCAGGAGGCGAUCCAGGACCUGGCGUGCCUGCGCGCGGAGCGUGCGGUCACAGCAGGCGGGCGCGACCGGACAUGCCGUCUCUGGAAGAUACGCGAGGAGAGCCAACUGGUGUUCCGCGGCGGUUCCCGCAGCAAGGCCCAGGCGCUCCUCGAGGGCGGGGACCUCGUCGAUACCCCUACGAAGAACGAGGUGCCAGAAGGCAGCAUCGACUGUGUCGCGAUGAUUGACGACCACCACUUUGUGAGUGGGAGCGACAGCGGUACGCUAUCGCUCUGGUCCGUCGCAAAGAAGAAGCCGCUCUUUGCCGUGCACGCCGCGCACGGCUGGCACGAGCAGGUGCAUGCGACGGAAGGCCUGCAGCGUAUGCCGCGCUACAUCACAAGCGUCGCAUGCCUCCCGUAUGGCGACGUGUUCGUGUCCGGCUCCUGGGACGGCGUCGUACGUGUGUGGGGCCUGGACGAUGGUCUCCGCUCCUUCCGCCUCCUCUUCGAGCUGCCGGCGCCCGGCGUCGUCAACAGCUUGCAGCUUCUCACACCCGAGAUUGAGCAUAUGGACGACUACCCCGUGGCGCCUGCGCUGUGGCGCCGGCGCGGCAGCCUGGAUGCGCCGCUGGCCGCCGCGGCCGCCACCCGCGCGGCGCCCACCGCCCCGAAGCGCACGCGCCGUGCAGGCCUUUCUACGGCAGACGGGCGUGUGCUGGGGCACAAGGAGAGCAUUGCGCCCCUACUCAUCGCCGCCCUGGCCCCCGAGCCGAAAGCCGACCGCUGGCUGCACACCGACAGCGCCGCGACAGGCGCGCUCGUUGUGCCGCUGUGGCUCCAUAGCACCUGCGUGGCGCUUGCGACACCUCAUGGUUACUCUAUAACGAACUCGACGGCCCCUACCGCCCUGGUGGAAAUGCUCUUUAGCACAAGCCUGAUUGCCGUGGUACCCGCCGCGGACGCCUCAGGUGCGGAGCGGCGGCGUCUGCAAAUCCUCAAUACGAAGCGGCAGUCGACCAUCUGCGAGCUUGUGUUCCCUGCGCCGAUCCAAGCCGUCCGCUUGAACCGCCGGCGCCUCGUUGUUGUGCUGCCCGAGGCGCUGUACGUGUACGACAUCAGCAACAUGAAGCUGCUGCAUACGAUCGAGCAACCACACAGCCUCUGCGCGCUGGCGCCGUCGUCCGAGUCGUGCUUCCUUGCCUAUGCUGCGCCGGGGCCCCGCGCCGAUGCAGCGCCAGGGGCCAGCAGCCAUGUCGUCUUAUACGACCUGCUCACGCUGAGUAUCGCGGGCAUCGUGCAGGCACACCGCUCGAGUCUCGCGUGCCUCGCACUGAACGCAAGUGGGACGCUACUUGCGACGGCGAGCGAAAAAGGCACCGUCGUGCGCGUGUUUUCCGUGCCAGAGGGGCGCCUGCAGUACCAGUUCCGCCGCGGCUCGUACAGCGCCUACAUUCACAGCCUCACAUUCAACGCGGCCUCCACGCUGCUGUGCGUGACGUCCGACUCGGACACGGUGCACAUCUUCCGCUUGUCGCCCGCUGCGCGCCUCGAUGAGCCGGACGCCGCGCUCGCCGCCAAGAAACGCACAGGGCUGCUGACCGCGUGGCAAAAACAGGGCGCAGCCGUCGCCGGCACAUUGAGCGGCUACCUGCCAGCGACAUGGGCGGACGCAUGGGAGCCGACGCGCGACUUUGCGUGGCUCAAGCUCCCGAGCGCAGGAAUGCGCACGGUGGCGGCGGUAUGCAAUACGCUGCCGCUCGUCUUUGUGCUCACGCACGACGGCCGCCUGCUGACCUUUGCACUGGAUUUGGACCGCGGCGGCGAAUGCACCCUGGUAAAGCGUACGUAUGCACGUCUGACAGCAGAGCACUCUUUGCUGCAUGUACCGAGCUAUAGCACGAAUGCCUAG